CACCCUGGAGAAACCUCACUAUAACCAGAUUUGGCAGGUGCCGCUCUCCUCCCCUCCCCUCCCCUCAGAGGCGCGGGGGUUGGGAGGGCAGUUGCGGGAAAAGGCGUAGGCGCGCUUCUCAUUGCGCAUCCUCGGGCUGGCUCCUUGUUUCUGGGCUGCCGGCGGUUCGGUCUGCGGCAGGCGGGCGAUCAUGGCGCUGAGCAAUUUCCUCUUCGCGCAAUGCAUCUGCUACUUUCUCGCCUUUCUUUUCAGCUUCAUCGUGGUGGUGCCGCUAUCGGAGAACAGCAACGACUUCCACGGCCGCUGCCUGCUCUUCACCGAGGGCAUGUGGCUCAACGCCAACCUGACGGCCGAGCGGCAGCGCUUCACCGUUCAGGAGUGGGGACCCGAGUCCGCCUGCCGCUUCAGCCUCUUCGCCGGCCUUCUCUCCCUUCUUCUCGCCGCAGUGCAGGCGUGGAGGACCCUCUUUUUCCUUUGCAAAGGCCACGAGGACUCUUUCUUUUAUGCUUUCCUGAAUCUUCUGAUUAGCGCCUUCGUGGUUUUUGUCAUCUUUAUUGCCAGCACUAUCGUGACUGUUGGAUUUAACAUGUGGUGUGAAGCUAUUACUGAGAAGGGAAGCAUGCCAAAUAGCUGUGAAGAAUUACAAGAUAUAGAUCUUGAGCUGAAUUUAGAAAACUCAUCAUUCUAUGACCAGUUUGCCAUCACACAGUUUGGCCUCUGGGCUGCCUGGCUGACUUGGCUAGGAAUUACAAUAUUGGCCUUUUUGAAGGUUUAUCAUAAUUAUCGGCAGGAGGACCUCUUGGAUAGUCUGAUUCAUGAGAAGGAAUUUUUGUUGGGACGAUCUUCAUCACGAACUUCUUUUCAGGAAGAGAAAAGUGGCAUAAUCUAAUAUCCAAUAAGCCUCAGUGCAUAGCAGAUUAUAGGUUGCAUAUUAUGGGCCUUAACUGGAGGUAAAGAUAGAAAUUGAAUUGGCAUGCCUAGAAAACCUUUAAGAAAGAAACAGAAUCUGGAAUUUAGCAUUCUGUUAAAUAGAUAUUGUCCAUAGAAUAUCCCUGUUAAAAUUUAUUUAUUUAUUUAUGAGACUUAUAUACCACUUUAAGUGCAAGCACUCUCUAAGCGGUGUACACCA